AGGGCGCAGGGCGGUGAAGGGCGCGGGGCCAUGCGCGACCCGGGGCUGCUCCGCCGCUGCCUCCUGCUGCUGCUGCUGCUGCUGCUGCUCUCGGCAGCCGCCCCCCGAGCGGCCCCCGGCACCGGAGCGGGGCGGCCCCGCGCCCGCCGCGGGCUCACCUACCCCGGCACGCUGUGGUGCGGAGCCGGCAGCAACGCGGAUGCCUACGAGCAGCUGGGGGAGCACCGGGACACGGACCGGUGCUGCCGGGACCAUGACCACUGCCAGCACGUCAUCCACCCCUUCACUGCACGCUAUGGGUACCGCAACCUGCGCUGGCACACCAUCAGCCACUGUGACUGCGACCGCAGGUUAAAGGAGUGCCUGCAGCGGGUGAAUGACACAGCCUCACGAGUGGUGGGUCAGGCCUUCUUCAAUGUCAUCCAAGUGCCCUGCUUUGAGUUCACCUACAGGGAGGAGUGUGUGGAGCCCUACCUCUAUGUCUGGUGUAAGGCGUACAACACAGUGGCCAUCGCGGUGCCCAGGGAGCCGGUGAUGUAUGAGUUCGGGGGGGAGCUCAUUGACCGGGCAGCCAGGCCCGUGGGGGUCCCUCUGAGCCCUCCAUGGAGCAGCACUGAUGGAGGAGCCGUCCCAAGGGAUGUGCCUGCACACCCCCCCUCAUCCCGCAAGAGAGCCAAGGAGGAAAGGAAAAGGAAGAAAGCAGACAAGAAGAAGGGGAAAGGUCUGAGAAAGAAAAGCUCUUCUGGAAACAUGGAGCUGAGCGCUGCUGCAGCCGCUGUCCCACCUCAUCCCACUGCAGGGCAGGAUCCAUGGGUCCCACUGCUGCCUUUGGAAGCAGCCAACACCAUCCUGAGCGAUGCCCCGGUGCAGGAAGGCUUGGGCAGGGAUCCAGCACCAGCCACGGCAUCCCCGGCUCCAACAACCAGCGGGAAGAGGAGGAGGAAGGAGAGGAACAGGAAGAAGAGGCUGAAGGGCAGAGCUGAGGCACAGCCUGCACGAGAGCCGCGGUCCUGAUGCCCCCGUGCGGGUCCUGGCUCUGUAAUAAAGUCACAUCUGCUCAAGCA